AUGGACCAACCCCCACAGAUAGAUAAUAGGAAUGACUAUUUAGGCACAUUUGUCCAAAAAACGUUAAGGUUAAAACCUGAAAAAUGGUCUAGAAUGAUGGCAACGGAAGAGCACAAAGCCGUAGUUAUGAAAUUUCUCGAGCGUCCUCUGCCGCUACUCUUAGUCAUUGUACUAACACCAGCUGCCCAAUUGGUUGCAAGUAAUGGAUUUCCAUUAGUGCAACUAAAAACGAAAGGUGUAUACUUCAUAAAGAAAGUUGCAAUGCCCGUUUCGAAGAUAACUCCCGCCGAUACUAUUAUCAUGGGUGACCUGGCUUGUAAAAUUGUUGACCAACUAGCGUCGCUAGUGGAUGAAGUUUUGGUCCCGUUACUGUCCAAUUCGACCAAUCACGACAGAUGGCCUACUGUGAUUGCGAAGGAUGUUCAAAAACACGUUCACAGUUUGAAAAGUACUGUGUAUCAAGUGAAGGGUCAAGUGAAUGGGCAAACUGUACUUCCCAUGCCUGUUGGCGUGGAAAAAGUUCAAGAAGUGGAGGAGCUGCUAAUCGAAAGCAACGGCAAAAUUUGUGAUUUGUACUUAAAGAGCGCAAUUGAAGCCAUUAUCAUUAAGUGGGUGUCACAAAUUAACGAUGUACUUGCAAACGAUUCUUCUGAAAACAGUUCGGAUGCAAAUGCCACGCCAAAUGCAGAACUGCAAUUCUGGAGUUUGCGUUUAAAGAAUUUGCAAUUCAUUUACGAACAGUUGCGAGAACAAAAGGUCCGCAGUAUGGGUGUAAUUUUAGAGAAGACGAACAGCGCUUACUAUAGUUGUUUUAAAAACCUCUUCAAGAGCGUUGUCAUAUCUUUGGCAGAGGCUAAAGAUAUCAACUUGUAUCUAAAACCACUUAAACGUCAUCUAGUUUUGCUAGAAGACACAGACUUCAGCGAUGCGAUGCCCCUAGUACGUCCAUUAGUUCAUGUCGUGUGCUUGAUAUGGUCCAAUUCGCAGUAUUUUGACCAAGUGAAGCUCAUAGUGCUUUUAAAGCAGAUAUGCAAUCUCCUCAUCUACCAGGCCAAACGAUUUCUGGAUCCCACAACUUUAUUCCACAGUGACAUUGAUGAAGCAAUGCAACGGGUCAAUUUAUCCGUAAACAUCCUAAAGCAUUUCACCAGAACUUUCGAACUGUAUAAAGAAAACUUGGGCUAUUUUUUCAGGGAUAAGCCUUUAAAGCCUUGGACUUUUCAUCCCAAUACAGUCUUUGAGAGGUUUAACGUCUUCUUGGAUCGGUUGAAUACAAUUCAAUGGUUUUUCAAUACCGUGUUGGAAUUUACCAAGCUCGAAAAAGUGGAGAUUGGAGGAGUUAAGGGAAGAAUGUUAAGCGCAAAGGUUACUGGAGUGUCCGCGGAAUUUCAACAAUGUUUCCAUCUAUUUUCCGGAAAAGCGCACGAUGUACUCGAUCCGGACGACAAUUCGUUUUUGGCGGAAUUUGAGUCGUUUAAGCAAAAAAUUUUUGAAUUAGAUUUAAAACUAUCUUCAAUCUUGUGCCAGGCGUUUGAAGAUUGUUGCAAUUUGGAAAGUAUUUUUAAGUUAAUAAGCAUUGUUGGAUCGGUACUCGACAGGCCACUAAUAAAAGAGGAAUUCACGAGCAAAUAUGUUAAAAUUUUGGACAUGUUAAAUGAAGAAAUGGACACGGCAGAAAUAUUAGUACAAGAGCAAAUGGUUCAUAAAGAAAAAAAUGGACAUUUUCGUUUAGACAAGUAUAUGCCUCCGGUUGCGGGCUCAUUGCGUUGGACUCACAAUCUACGUGAACGAAUAUCUGCACCCAUUUUGUCCUUUAAGGCACUGCAACAUCCAAUAACCAAAACAUCGGAAGCUGAUGAGAUCAUUAAGAAGUACGAAAAUUUGACAGAAAAACUUUACGAGUUUGACGAUGAGCUAUUUAAGCAGUGGGCCAAAGCGGUGCCCGAACAAAUUAAUGUAAAUUUAAAACAAUCUCUCCUAAAGCGAAAUGUGAAGUCUAAAGAAUUGCAGUUAAACUUUAACCCUCAGCUAUCGGCAAUUCUACGAGAAGUCCAUUACUUGAAAAUAAUGGAUCACGAAGACAUACCGGAAGAAGCUCUGCUAAUAUCCGAAAGAAACGAUACGUUUCGGCAGUACAUCAUAAAUUUAGAUUCAACUAUCGAUUGGUAUAAUAAAAUUAGGCGUACAAGCAAGGAUGUUGAAUUUCAAUUGAUUCAGCAUGAGAUUGAAGAAAUUGAUAAACUAAUUAUACAAGGGCAAACGAACCUAAACUGGGAUUCGAAAGACUUAUGGAACUACAUGGUACAGCUUCAUACCAUGGUAGGAAAUCUCCAAGAGCACGUUCAACAGAGUCAAGAAAACAUUACUAAAAUAAGAAACGUGCUAAUACCAUUUGCUCGUCAACCCCUAUUUGAAAGAAAAGAUAAUCGAAAGGACACCGUCUUAAGCAUAGAUGAAAAGGAAGAAAGGAUUAAGAGACGAUACUCGGAAAUUCGGCAAGUAACACAAGAAAUACACGUGCUGGUUGAACACAACAUGCAGCUUUUCGAAAUGCUUGAGAGGCAAGAAGAUCCCAAUUGGCUCUCCUAUGUUAGUUACAUUGAUCAAAUUGUCAUGAGUUACCUAUAUCAGACUAUCGGAUGCAGUUUAGGAUACCUAAGCGAACAUAUGGAUUCAACAAACAAUUUACCCCCACUAUUUGAGGCACAAUUGCAACUGGGAGACACCGAUAUCGUCUUUGAUCCUUCAUUGGAAUCUAAUUCCGCCGACAGUUUCAAAAAACAAAUCGACGGCCUUAUAGAGGAUAUCUUAAACAUAGCGUCAAUAGUCCCGAGGUUUUCGGUUGUCGCGGAAUUUACUUACAAAGAAGAAAUUGAGAACAAUGCCGAUGUUAUAGAAAUUAAAAAUGAUAUCUUGAAGAAUAGCGAUGACGUAAUACAACAAGCGUUCGAUUUCAGCGAUAAUUUUCAAAACUACUCCUACUUAUGGCUCGAUGAUCGAGAUUUUUACAUGGAGCAAUUCUUAACUUACGGCAGACAGUUGACGAACGAUGAAUUAGAGUUGGUUCAGCUAAAGGAUCCUGCCGCACCAGAGCGUUCGCCUCCUAAAAUGGAACAUUUUCGUGAACAAAUCGAUAACUUCGAAAACUUAUACAAUGAAAUCGAGAAGAUGCAAACGACACAGAUAUUUAAUGCGUGGUUUAAAGUUGACGUAAAGCCUUUCAAGCAGGCAGUUCAGAAUACUGUUCGAAAAUGGGGUAACAUGUUUCGGCAGCACUUGGUUGACACAGUUACUAACAGUCUGUGUAAUUUGAGCUCGUUCAUUCGUUCAGCUGAUGAAGGUCUUCAGCAAACUGUUGUAGAGGGCGACUAUGGUGCUUUAGUCAAUGUGAUGGGAUAUCUACUGAAAGUAAAGGAAAGGCAGGGAACAACUGAUGAAAUUUUUGGCCCGUUAAAAGAAACCAUUGAACUUUUGAAAUUUUACGAUCAAGAUAUUCCUGAAGAAGUUAACGUACUGCUGCAAGAGCUGCCAGAGCAAUGGAAUAAUACUAAAAAGAUUGCAAUCACAGUUAAGCAACAAGUGGCUCCUCUUCAAGCCGCAGAAGUGACUUGCGUUAGAAACAAAAUUGCGGAAUUCGAUGCAUGUAUAUUACUUUACCGCGAGCAUUUCAAACUGUAUGAAUUCUUCCAAUACGACUGCGUCCAGCCAUACAAACUCUUAGACAAAAUUGAUCUAGAUAUACUGUGGCUUGAAAAACAAAUGGGCGAGAUUCACAAAUCUGGUUCGCUAUUUGAAGUGACCGUUCCCGACUUUAAGGUACUCAAACAGUGCCGUAAGGAACUGAGGAUGUUAAAGCAACUUUGGGAUUACAUUAACACUGUUCAUACUUGUGUGGAUGAUUGGAAAACGACACCAUGGAGAAAGAUCGAUGUUGAAAAUAUGGAUAUUGAGUGCAAGAAAUUUGCCAAAGAAGUUAAGAUGUUGGACAAAGAAAUGAGAGCUUGGGACACAUACACCGGCCUUGAGGCUACCGUGAAAAAUACUUUAACGUCUCUAAGAGCUGUCGGCGAGUUACAGAAUCCAGCUAUUAGGGAAAGACAUUGGGAUCAGCUAAUGACUUCGACAAAGAACUUAGCAGCUUUGCCCAAGGAAUUUACGACGCGUAUAGUGAUGGACGAAGAUACAACGUUAGCGGACUUGUUGCUGCUUAAUCUCCAUGAGUGCGAAGAUGAGGUGAAAAAUAUCGUAGAUAAGGCGGUUAAAGAGAUGUCUAUGGAAAAAAUUUUGCGGGACCUUGAUACGACAUGGUCAUCAAUGGAGUUCGAGCAAGAAACCCACUCGCGUACUGGGUGUAGUUUACUACGAGCAAGUGAGAAACUCAUAGAAACCUUAGAAGAGAACCAAGUCCAACUACAAAAUUUGAUCACGUCAAAGUUCAUUGCACACUUCCUGGAAGAAGUCUCCGCUUGGCAAACCAAACUGAGCAUUGCAGACCAGGUGAUUUCCCUUUGGUUCGAAGUUCAGAGGACUUGGAUGCAUCUGGAAUCCAUUUUCAUGAGUUCUGAAGAUAUACGAAAACAGCUUCCCGAAGACUCGGCGAGAUUUGAUCAAAUCGACAGCGACUUUAAGGAGUUAAUGACCGAAAUGGCCAAAACGCCAAACGUUGUUGAGUCAACAAACAAAGAAGGCCUGUUGCCCACGCUUGACGAAUUGCAGAAGAACCUAACACUUUGCGAAAAGGCGCUGGCAGUUUAUUUAGAAACGAAGCGGUUGGCGUUUCCAAGAUUUUACUUUAUCUCUUCGGCGGACCUUUUGGAUAUCUUAUCAAACGGAGACCAACCUCAACUGGUUGGAAAGCAUUUGACAAAAUUAUUCGAUUCGAUUGCCAAGCUUAAUUUCAUUCAGAACGAAGACGGCAGCAUACAAAAUAUAAUUAAGGGAAUGAUUGCUAAAGAUGGGGAGUAUGUUGUUUUUGAGGCGGACUGCGAUUGUAACGGACCUGUUGAAGUUUGGCUGAAUCGAUUGCAGGAUUCUAUGCGCAACUCCAUACGGCAUUACAUGGGCGAAGGCACUGUCGCGUAUGAAGAGAAACCAAGAGAUCAAUGGCUGUUUGAUUAUCCCGCUCAAGUUUCUUUAUGUGGAACGCAAAUAUGGUGGACGGCAGAAGUCAACAUAGCUUUCUCCCGAGUUGAAGAAGGUUAUGAUAACGCAAUGAGAGACUACUACAAAAAGCAGGUUUCGCAAUUAAGCACAUUGAUCACAUUGCUGAUUGGUGAUCUAUCUAAACAAGACAGACAAAAAAUCAUGACAAUAUGCACAAUUGACGUCCACUCCCGAGAUGUUGUUAGUAAACUGAUACAGAUGAAGAUUGACAACGCGACUGCUUUCCAAUGGGUAUCCCAACUAAGACAUAGAUGGGGUGAGAAAGAAAAGCACUGUUUCGCAAAUAUUUGCGAUGCACAAUUUCGGUACUGUUACGAAUAUUUGGGAAACACCCCUCGAUUGGUCAUUACUCCCCUCACUGAUCGCUGCUAUAUAACUUUAACGCAAUCAUUGCAUUUAAUUAUGGGCGGAGGCCCUGCGGGUCCUGCAGGUACUGGAAAAACCGAAACGACCAAAGACUUGGGACGAGCCCUUGGAAUUAUGGUUUACGUGUUUAAUUGUUCCGAACAAAUGGAUUACAAGUCAUGUGGAAAUAUCUACAAAGGACUCGCGCAAACGGGGGCAUGGGGUUGCUUUGACGAAUUCAAUCGAAUCUCAGUCGAAGUGCUAUCCGUGGUUGCCGUACAAGUAAAAUCUGUUUUAGACGCCAUAAGAAAUAAGAAAGACAUAUUUAACUUUAUGGGGGAACAAAUUCCAUUAAUCCCGACAGUUGGACUUUUCAUCACCAUGAAUCCCGGAUACGCUGGACGUACAGAACUUCCCGAAAACUUGAAAGCCCAAUUUCGACCAUGCGCCAUGGUCGUUCCGGAUUUUGAAUUAAUAUGCGAAAUAAUGUUGGUUGCUGAAGGUUUCCAGGAAGCAAAGAUUCUGGGACGCAAAUUUAUAACGCUUUAUACACUUUGCAAGGAAUUGUUAUCUAAACAGGAUCACUACGACUGGGGAUUAAGAGCAAUCAAAUCGGUUUUGGUUGUUGCAGGCUCUCUAAAGCGCGGUGACCCAGGUCGUCCAGAGGAAGAGGUUCUAAUGCGAGCUCUUAGAGAUUUUAAUAUACCAAAAAUUGUAACGGAGGACUUUCCUGUUUUUAUGGGCCUGAUCGGUGAUCUUUUCCCAGCCUUGGAAGUGCCCAGAAAAAGAGAUGCCGAGUUUGAAAGAACGGUCAAGCAGGCAGCAAUGGAUUUAGGGCUGCAGCCUGAAGACAAUUUUAUUUUAAAAGUUGUGCAGUUGGAAGAGCUUUUGGAAGUGCGACAUUCUGUUUUUAUAGUUGGAUACGCGGGUACUGGUAAGACUCAAGUAUGGAAAACGCUGUUUAAAACUUACCAAAAUAUUAAGCGUAAGCCGAUUUACAAUGACCUAAAUCCAAAAGCGGUCACUAACGACGAACUUUUUGGAAUUAUUAACCCUGCGACACGCGAAUGGAAAGACGGCCUAUUUUCGGUACUCAUGCGCGACCAGGCCAAUCUAAAUAAUGAUCACCCGAAAUGGAUUAUUUUGGAUGGAGAUAUUGAUCCCAUGUGGAUUGAAUCUUUGAACACCGUCAUGGACGAUAAUAAGGUUUUGACUUUGGCUAGUAAUGAACGGAUAGCUCUCACGCCGACAAUGAGACUACUGUUUGAAAUAUCCAAUUUGAGAACAGCAACGCCUGCCACUGUUUCUCGAGCUGGUAUACUUUACAUCAAUCCACAAGACUUAGGCUGGAAUCCGUUUGUGACAAGUUGGUUAGAAACGCGCACCAGCAAUGCGGAAAAAUCAAAUCUGAUCGCCCUUUUCGAUAAGUACAUCCCGAUUUGUUUAGAAAACAUCAAAACGAGGUUUAAAAAAAUUACACCCAUCGUGGAAAUCUCUCACAUACAAAUGCUUUGCCACUUGCUAGACUGUCUACUAACACCAGUGAACACUCCAGCCGAUUGCCCAAAGGAAUGGUACGAAUUGUAUUUUGUAUUCGGUUGUGUUUGGGCAUUUGGUUCUGCCAUGUUUCAGGAGCAGACAACCGAUUAUCGUGUAGAAUUUACAAAAUGGUGGGUCAACGAGUUUAAAAACAUUAAAUUUCCAACAGGGGGUACCGUUUUUGAUUACUUCAUUGAUACUGAAACCAAGCAAUUUCUACCGUGGACUGAACGACUAGGUCGUUUCGAAUUGGAUCCUGAAGUACCUUUACAAGCAAUUUUAGUGCAUACCGCCGAAUCUGUGCGCUUAAAAUUCUUUUUAGAUUUGUUAAUGGAGAAACGUCGUCCAGUGAUGCUUAUUGGAAAUGCGGGAGUUGGUAAAACAGUUUUAGUUAACGAAAGGUUACGUUCGCUACCAGAUCAUUACGCUAUUUGCACAAUCCCCUUCAAUUUUUACACUACAUCGGAGAUGUUGCAAAGAAUUCUGGAAAAACCCCUUGAAAAAAAGGCUGGCAGAAACUAUGGGCCUCCAGGAAAUAAAACUCUGAUUUACUUUCUUGAUGACAUGAACAUGCCUGAAGUAGACACUUACGGAACUGUGCAGCCGCACACCCUGAUUCGCCAACAUUUAGACUACAACCAUUGGUAUGACCGAGGUCGUUUGACACUAAAGGACAUUCACAAUUGCCAGUACGUGUCAUGCAUGAAUCCAACUGCAGGAAGUUUUACAAUCAACCCACGACUUCAGCGGCAUUUCUACGUAUUUGCGGUGAGCUUCCCGGGAAUUGAUGCGCUUACAACGAUCUACCAUGCCAUUUUAACGCAACACCUUUCAAAUCCGGAAUACAAGAUAGCCCCUUUUUUCGUUAAACUUGCCGAUAAUGUUGUAAAUGCUACGGUAACACUACACCAUAAGGUUUCCCAAAUCUUUUUACCAACAGCAAUCAAGUUUCACUACAUAUUCAACUUGCGAGACUUAUCAAACAUCUUUCAGGGUUUCUUAUUCAGCACCGGAGAUUGCUUAAAUCAACCCCACGAUAUAGUGCGCUUGUGGAUACACGAAAGCCAACGAGUUUACGGCGACAAAUUAACUGAAGAAAAAGACAGCGACGCAUUUUACAAGUCACAGGUCGACGUGUUCAAGAAGAAUUUCGAAGAAAUUGACGAAUCCACAGUAUUUGAAAAACCGAACAUUUACUGUCAUUUUGCAGGCGGAAUUGGUGAACCCAAAUACAUGCCGAUUAAGAAAUGGACCCAACUUAAUAAGCUGCUUUCUGAAGCCAUGUCCAGUUAUAAUGAUUUGGUAGCCGCCAUGAACUUGGUGUUAUUCGAAGACGCUAUGAUGCACGUCUGCAGAAUAAAUCGCAUCUUGGAAUCACCGCGAGGAAGCGCAUUACUAGUUGGUGUUGGUGGCAGCGGAAAACAAUCACUUUCACGACUGGCGGCUUUUAUCUCAUCCCUGGAGGUGUUCCAAUUACAACUCAAAAAGGGCUACGGUGUUGUAGACCUACGAAAAGAACUGAGCGGUCUCUAUCUAAAAUCCGGCCUAAAAAACGUCGGAAUUAUGUUUCUAAUGACCGACGCGCAAGUGCCAAAUGAACAAUUUUUGGUACUAAUAAACGACAUGCUCGCCUCUGGAGAAGUUCCGGAUAUGUUUUCUGAGGAUGAAAUUGAGAACAUAAUUGGUGGAGUGAGGAAUGAAGUGAAAGGUGCUGGAAUAUUAGAUACGAGGGAAAACUGUUGGAAAUUCUUCCUGGACAGAGUCAGACGGCAACUAAAGGUAGUUUUAUGUUUUUCUCCCGUUGGAUCCACAUUAAGGGUACGAGGGAGAAAAUUCCCAGCUAUAGUAAACUGCGCACAGAUGAAUUGGUUCCACGAGUGGCCACAGGAGGCAUUAGUUUCUGUCUCCCUCAAAUUUUUGCAAGAGCUUGAAGUGUUACCCGAAUCACUAUACGACCCCGUAUCUAAAUUUAUGGCCAAUACUCACUCGUCGGUUAACUCGAUCUCAAAACAGUUUCUUACAAAUGAACGGCGAUAUAAUUACACCACCCCGAAAUCGUACCUUGAACAAAUUAGCUUGUACUCAAAGCUAUUGCGACUAAAGGCCGCAGAGCUAAAGAAGAAUAUUGCAAGAUUAGAAAACGGAUUGGAUAAACUAAGAACAACAGCCUCUCAAGUGGAAGAUUUGAAAGCAACGCUAGCAAUACAAGAGAUUGAACUCAAGCAAAAAAAUGACGCAGCUGAUGCGCUAAUUGCAAUCGUGCAAGUAGAAACAACAAAAGUAUCAAUUGAAAAGUCACUUGCAGGAGAAGAAGAAGUUAAAGUGGGAAUAAUUGCAGAAGAAGUCAGUCAAAAACAAAGAGACUGUGAGGAAGAUUUGGUGAAAGCCGAACCGGCGCUCUUAGCUGCUCAGGAGGCGUUGAACACACUUAAUAAGGCCAAUUUGACUGAGCUUAAAUCUUUUGGAUCGCCACCUGGGGCGGUUACAAACGUAACUGCCGCCGUUAUGGUUUUACUAGCACCAGCUUCAAAAAUUCCGAAGGACAGAAGUUGGAAAGCGGCAAAAAUCGUGAUGGCAAAAGUAGACACAUUCCUAGACGCGCUAAUCAAUUAUGACAAGGAAAACAUCCAUCCUGAGAUAAUUAAAGCGAUAGAACCCUACCUUAAGGAUCCUGAGUUUGACCCAGAGUUUAUUAGGUCUAAAUCUGCCGCCGCAGCCGGUUUAUGUGCUUGGGCCAUUAACAUCAUCAAAUUUUUUGAAGUGUAUUGCGACGUCGAACCCAAACGAAAAGCUUUGGCUCAAGCGAAUGCCGAAUUGGCAACUGCUCAAGAAAAACUUGCAACAAUUAAAAGGAAAGUUGCGUCGUUGGAAGAACAACUGGCGAAGCUAACCGCCGAUUUUGAGCAAGCAACCGCUGAGAAGCUGAGAUGCCAACAGGAAGCCGAUGCAACUAACGCAACAAUAGCCCUCGCAAACCGAUUAGUGGGCGGAUUAGCUAGCGAAAACGUGAGAUGGGCGGAGGCCGUAAACAAUUUCACCCUUCAGGGAACGAUGCUUCCCGGAGACGUCUUACUAUUAACAGCGUUUGUUUCAUACGUAGGUUGCUUUACCAAGCAGUACCGCCAAGACCUGCUACAGAAAAUGUGGCUUCCUUACAUGAAAAACUUAGAUCCUCCCAUUCCUAUAACAGAAGGAUUAGAUCCUUUAUCACUUUUAACCGAUGACACUCAAAUUGCUAUGUGGCAAAAUGAGGGACUUCCAAGCGACAGAAUGUCGACCGAAAACGCCACCAUUCUUUCAAACUCAGAUCGAUGGCCUUUAUUGAUAGAUCCCCAGCUUCAAGGCGUCAAAUGGAUAAAACAAAAGUAUAGUGAGAGUUUAGUGGUCGUGCGAUUGGGGCAAAAGGGUUACUUAGACACGAUGGAAAAAGCAAUAACUGGCGGCGCUACAGUGCUGGUAGAAAGCAUUGGGGAAAAUCUAGAUCCGGUUCUCGAUUCACUGUUAGGAAGAAACUUAAUUAAAAAAGGAAAAGCAAUCAAAAUGGGUGACAAGGAGAUCGAGUACAACCCAAACUUUAAGCUCUACCUGCAAACAAAACUUGCCAACCCCCACUACAAACCAGAAAUGCAAGCUCAAGCGACGCUAAUUAACUUUACAGUCACAAGAGACGGUUUAGAAGACCAAUUGCUGGCAGAAGUAGUAAAAGCGGAACGGCCAGACUUGGAAGAGCUUAAAGCCGAAUUGACCAAACAACAAAAUGACUUCAAGAUAAUGUUGAAGACCUUAGAGGACGACUUACUUUCAAGAUUAUCGUCUGCUGGAGGCAACCUAUUGGGAGACACGAGUUUAGUAGAGAAUCUAGAAACAACAAAACGAACUGCGGCCGAAAUUGAAGAAAAAGUAAUAGAAGCAAAAACUACCUCUCGCCAAAUUGACCUCGCGAGAGAGUACUACAGACCUGCUGCCGCCAGAGCCAGUCUGCUGUACUUCAUUCUGAACGAUUUGAAUACUAUAAACCCCAUCUACCAAUUCUCGUUAAAGGCAUUCAGUGUCGUGUUCCAGAAAGCAAUCGCAAAGGCUCUUCCUUCAGAUGACGUAGCAAUUCGAGUUAACAACUUAAUCGAUUGCAUCUCCUUUUCGGUAUUUCAGUAUACGUCAAGAGGACUGUUUGAAUGCGACAAGCUUAUUUUUGCGUCGCAAAUGUGUUUUCAAAUUUUAUUGAUGAGCGAAGAAAUAUCUUCUGCCGAUUUAGAUUUCCUUUUAAGAUUUCCAAUUAAACCGCAUGUAACGAGUCCUGUAGAUUUUCUUUCUAAUUCCAGCUGGGGUGGUAUUUGUAGCUUAUCAACAAAGGACGAAUUUCGUAACUUGGACCGUGACAUCGAAAUUUCUCCUAAACGAUGGAAAAAGCUAGUCGAAUGCGACUGCCCAGAAAGAGAGAAGUUUCCGCAGGAGUGGAAGAAUAAAACCGCUUUACAAAGAUUGUGUAUGAUAAGGGCUUUUAGACCGGAUCGCAUGACUUAUGCUGUUGCGACGUUUAUUGAAGAAAAAUUGGGCCCCAAAUACGUUGAUAAUAAAACGAUGGAAUUUGAGAAAUCGUUUGAAGAGACAAGCCCCUCCACUCCAAUCUUCUUUAUUCUCUCACCCGGUGUGAAUCCCCUUAAGGACGUUGAGACGCUUGGCGAAAAACUGGGUUUCACAUCUGACCAACAAAAUUUUCACAACGUUUCCUUGGGACAAGGGCAAGAGGUGGUCGCUGAGCAAGCCAUGGAUAUCGCUGCCCAAAAGGGGCAUUGGGUUAUUUUGCAAAAUAUUCAUCUUGUGCGUAAAUGGUUGCCAGUUCUGGAAAAGAAACUGGAAUAUUACGCGGAGAACUCGCAUCUAAAUUACAGAGUUUUCAUGAGUGCAGAGCCCGCAGCUACACCUGAAGCACAUAUUAUUCCCCAGGGAAUUCUUGAAUCAUCAAUUAAAAUAACUAACGAACCCCCUACGGGAAUGCAAGCCAAUUUGCACAAGGCGUUCUCCAACUUUAAUCAAGAAACGUUGGAGCAGUGUGGAAAGGAGGCCGAAUUUAAAGUCAUCCUUUUCGCGUUAUGUUAUUUUCACGCCGUUGUAGCAGAGCGCAGGAAAUUUGGUCCACAGGGUUGGAAUAAAAUAUACCCAUUUAAUGUCGGUGAUCUAACCAUUAGCGUCUUUGUUUUGUUUAAUUAUUUAGAAGCGAACUCCAAGGUACCUUGGGAAGACUUGCGGUAUCUAUUUGGAGAAAUUAUGUAUGGUGGCCAUAUUACCGAUGACUGGGAUAGGAGAUUAUGUAUUACAUAUCUGGAAGAGUUACUGCAGCCUGACCUUGUUGACGGUGAAUUGUUUUUGGCGCCGGGAUUUGCCGCUCCUCCCAAUACCGAUUACGUUGGUUACCAUGCGUACAUCGAUGACGUCAUGCCGCCAGAAUCUCCCUACUUGUAUGGUCUUCAUCCCAACGCCGAAAUCGGUUUUUUAACUACGACAGCUGAAAAUUUAUUCCGCACGGUUUUUGAAAUGCAACCGAGAGACGCAGGCGCUUCGGGAGGAGCCACAAUUACGAGAGAGGAUAAGGUUCGGCAAAUAAUUGACGAAAUGAUUGAGAAGCUACCAGAGGACUUCAAUAUUGUGGAAAUUAUGGGUAAAGUAGAAGAACGAACUCCCUACGUAAUUGUCGCCUUUCAAGAAUGCGAGAGAAUGAAUUUUUUAAUGGGUGAAAUAAAAAGGUCUUUAAAAGAACUUGAUCUUGGUUUAAAGGGCGAACUUACCAUAACGUCCGAUAUGGAAGAUCUUGAAAACGCUUUAUUUUUAGAUCAAGUACCUGUGAGUUGGAGUAAUAAAGCCUAUCCAUCACUGCUAGGGUUAACCCCUUGGUUUGCUGAUUUACUGUUAAGAAUACGAGAAUUGGAAACGUGGUCUACGGAUUUUGUGCUACCUUCUUCGGUGUGGUUAGGAGGUUUCUUUAAUCCUCAGUCCUUACUUACAGCCAUUAUGCAGAGCACUGCACGAAAAAAUGAACUUCCUUUAGACAAAAUGUGUUUGCAAUGCGAUGUCACAAAGAAACAUAAGGAAGAAUUUACGAGUGCCCCUCGUGAUGGAGCUUACGUGCACGGGCUUUAUAUGGAAGGUGCCAGAUGGGAUGUGCAAGCUGGAAUAAUUAUGGAUUCCAGGUUGAAGGAGCUAUUUCCGCCGAUGCCGGUUAUUAAUGUGCGUGCAAUAACACAAGAUAAACAGGAUUUGAGAAACAUGUAUGAGUGCCCUAUGUACAAAACUCGAAUGCGUGGCCCUACGUACGUUUGGACCUUCAACUUGAAAACAAAAGAUAAACCAGCCAAGUGGACUUUGGCGGGUGUUGCAAUUUUGCUACAAACGUAACUUUGCUUACAUCUAUUCAUUGAAUUUACACGAUGAUUAAUAGUUGAAUGUUCCCAUUAAAGACAUCUUAUUUGAUUGGCGGAAUCUCAUUAAAUCAGUAAGGCUACUAGCAACUUAGUCCGUAACUGGAUUCGAAACAGGGUCUUAGAUCUCACACUUGCACAUAAUUUUCUUCGGGUAGGUUCUCAAAGAGGCUACAAUUUUUAGAAACUUUCCAUAGAGAUUAAUUGUACCGAGACCUUUAGAUAUAAAUAAUAACAUAAUAACCUAGGAUAAUAAUUAUAGAAGUGGCCCAAAAGCAUGAACUUCGUUUUUUUAUAUGCUUAUUGCUUAUAACAGAAGUUUCUAUGCCAACUGGUUCGAACCUUAGACAUGAAAACCAGGGAGCGAAUCUAGGGAUAGGCUCUUUCAGUACGUGGAGCAGCAUUUAGAGGAGGUUUCCGGAGGAGCGAACUUUGUAAUGUUGAGUCUUUCCACCAUGAUGCAUAUCUUUGCGUUUAAGUACUCCGAACAUAACAUCACAGCUUUAUUGAAACUGUUAAUAUUUUUGCUAAUGAUUUGACAAUUUCAUUAUAGGUACAAUAGUACAGUAAAAAUAUAGUGUAUAGUAUAUAGUAAUAUAAUAGCUACAAUUCGUAAUUUCGGCAAUCUUGAUCUCCAUGAAAAACCUCAUUCAAAUAAUCGAACUGUUUUUCCUCAUAAACUCCGUGUACACAAAUAGAUUUCUGAAUAAA